AUGGCUGUGAAACUGUGUUGUUGUGUGAAACUGUCGCUUAACAAAAAAUCGAUUUUCGAUAUGAGUAUGAAGUAUCAAAUAUUAUAUUUGGUAAUAGUUGCAAGUUUUUUUGCAAUCGUUUCUGCAGCGGACACUGAAAUAUCCUGUGCUAAAGUGAAAACUUUCUUCGAAAAGAAAGGAGUGUUGUCGGAUGUUGAUAUACAAGAACAGCCAAGCUCAGACGCGGGAGGCCUGUGCAUAAAUAAAGGGUGUUGUGGCCCGCGGGCUAACACCGCCCUCACGGAGAGGGCACACCAGCAGCUGACUGACGCGUUGCGCAGUGAGCUCGGCAAGUUGGCCGACAUCCUCACAGUCAGAGCUAAGAAGUUUGAUGAAUUCUUUCGGAAACUCUUAAAAGUAUCACGGGAAGAGUUUCACAACAUGUUCAAGCGCACGUACGGAAUGAUCUACGAGCAGCACUCGUACGUGUUCGAGCAGUUGUUCGAGCAACUACAGAAUUACUACAGCCGCGGCGAUACCAACUUCGAUAAGAUGAUGGACGACUUCUUCGGUAUACUGUACGAGAAGAUGUUCACCGUCCUCAACUCGCAGUACAACUUUGACCAGAAGUACCUGCGUUGUCUGAACGAGCACAUGCGCGACAUCCAGCCGUUUGAAGACGUACCGCACAAGUUGUCGGUGCAACUGCGGCGCGCUUUCGUCGCGACGCGGACUUUCCAUAAAGCGUUGCGAGCGGGUGCCGACGUCGUGCGCAACAUGAUGCAGGUGGAACUGAGCCGUGAGUGCGCUACUGCGUGGGCUCGGCUUCGAUUCUGUGGCAGCUGUGGCGAGUUGCAGGCGCCGGCGUGCAGCCGCUACUGCCACAACGUGCUCCGAGGCUGCCUGCCCUCGCACGCAGACCUCGGGGAGCUGUGGGACGCUUAUGUUGAUUCGGUAGAAAAAGUGGCCGAUAGACUCCAAGGCCCUUUCAACAUAGCAAUGGUCGUUGAACCGAUAGACAUCAAGAUAUCGGAGGCGAUCAUGAGCUUCCAGGAGCAUAACCAGGAAAUUUCCCAGAAAAUUUUCGCCGGUUGCGGGAAACCGGACCUGGGCGGCGGCGGCAGUACCGGACCGUUCUUCGCUCCGGACCGAUCACGACGCUUCGUUCGGUCCAUACCGGACUUCGAUUGGAAUCAGAAAACCAACGACGUAGAUGACUUCGAAAUAGAGGCGUCUUUCGAGAGUUUGAUGAACAACGACCCGUCAUUACUCAGUCUCCAGACACCAGAGGAUAUCAGGAAGGCAACAGAGGAGAUGGCUGAGCAGGCUAAGUCGAGAGCCAAGUUCCUCCAGUAUAUGAAGGGACAUAUAGAUUUGGAGGAUUACGAGGAACAUGAGAGGAGAAAGAGAGACGCAGAGCCCGACGCCGCUGGUGGGGACAUUUAUAUGAAGCCAUACGACUUCGAUGGUAAACGCGGAUCUAAGAAAAAGAAACCUAUCGCCAGUAAAUCGGACGACGUUCAUGGAACGGGCGCGGGCGCGGAGUGGGGCAGCCCCGUGCUGGAGCGCCUCAUGCGCGAGACGCGCGCCCGCGUGCGCGCCUCGCGCCGCUACUGGGCGCAGCUGCCGGCCGCGCUCUGCGCGCCGCUCAGCGUCACCACCGCGCCCUGCUACAACGGCUCCGCGCUCGCCAGCUACACGAGCAGUACAGCAGGCGACGGGACAGCCGCAUUAGCUUCGAACCCGGAGGUGCGCAGUGCCGGUGCUAUCGCCGCUGGGCCAGUGGCAGCAGCUCGUGUGCAGAUCGAUGCUUUGCGCGCACUCACCGCAAGACUCAAGGACGCAUAUAACGGCGUAGAAGUCCAAUGGAAGGACGAAGACAAUUUCCAAGAGGCAGCUGCUUCCUCACUCGACUUCGUGGAGACCGCGGGUUCGGGUUCGGGCUCCGGCGACGAUACCGACGACACGGAGAACUUACCUGACGACGACGAGGAUAGAGAUGUUAAUCCAGACUACCCAGAAGGUUCGGGCGACAGUCGACCGACGGACGAGUUAACACCGGAAACGCCUACAGAAGCGCGACCGGUCCCGGUGACGGAGGAGCCGUUCGUGCCCAACAUCAUCAGCGGGCCCGGCACCAAUAACGUGAAUGUGCGCGGCCGGGUUGCGGAUUCCGGGAUUGAGGCCGUCGUUCCCGGCGGCGAGUCUGGCAGCGAGUCCGGCAAAGAGUCCGGCCGGACUUCGCCCCCGGUUCGGGAGUCCGUGCCCGGCUCGGCGGACCGGCCGUCGCUCGCCAAGGCGCUGUUCACCUACGCGUUGCCCGUCGUUUGCGCCUGGUUCGGCACCAUCGUCACCGAUUUGUUCUAG